UGUGUUGAAGGCGGGCUCACAGUGAGCAGCAGAGAGGAGCGGCUCGGUGCGGAGUGACACGGCGUUAUCUUUUACAUGAUUAAAACACUAAACAAAGAGGAAUACUCGCACGGAUCGACAGAAACAUAUCUGAAACAUCCAGUCCGUCAUGGAGUCUUAUGACAUUUUAGCUAACCAGCCGGUGGUGAUCGAUAAUGGCUCGGGGGUUAUCAAGGCUGGCUUUGCAGGAGACCAGAUCCCCAAAUACUGCUUCCCUAACUAUGUGGGGCGUCCCAAGCAUGUGCGUGUGAUGGCAGGAGCCCUGGAGGGAGACCUCUUCAUCGGACCCAAGGCAGAGGAACACCGGGGCCUGUUGUCGGUUCGAUACCCGAUGGAGCACGGGAUCGUGAAGGACUGGAAUGACAUGGAGAGGAUCUGGCAGUACGUUUACUCCAAGGAGCAACUGCAGACUUUCUCUGAGGAGCAUCCUGUUCUUCUGACUGAAGCUCCUCUGAACCCGAGUAAGAACAGAGAGAAGGCAGCAGAGGUGUUCUUUGAGACCUUCAACGUCCCUGCUCUCUUCAUCUCCAUGCAGGCCGUGCUCAGCUUGUACGCCACAGGUCGUACCACUGGCGUCGUGCUGGACUCUGGUGACGGCGUGACUCACGUGGUGCCAAUCUACGAAGGCUUCGCCAUCCCGCACUCCAUCAUGCGCGUGGACAUCGCAGGACGAGACGUGUCGAGGUACCUGCGUCUGCUGCUGCGCAAAGAAGGAUACAACUUCAACACGUCCGCAGAGUUCGAGGUGGUGCGGACCGUCAAAGAGAGAGCCUGUUAUCUCUCCCUCAACCCCCAGAAGGACGAGACUUUAGAAACAGAGAAGGCUCAGUACGUCCUCCCUGAUGGAAGCACUUUAAACAUCGGCCCCGCCCGCUUCAGAGCUCCAGAGCUGCUGUUCAGACCAGACCUGAUCGGAGACGAGAGCUCGGGGAUCCACGAGGUCCUGGCCUACGCCAUCCAGAAGUCCGACAUGGACCUCCGACGCACGCUGUUCUCCACCAUCGUGCUGUGUGGAGGAUCCACGCUCAUCAAAGGAUUUGGGGAACGACUACUAACUGAAGUCAAGAAGCUGGCACCCAAAGACGUGAAGAUCAAGAUCUCUGCGCCCCAGGAGAGGCUGUACUCCACAUGGAUCGGCGGCUCCAUCCUGGCAUCGUUGGACACCUUUAAGAAGAUGUGGGUGUCGAAGCGAGAAUAUGAAGAAGACAGAGCACGUGCCAUCCACAGGAAGACCUUCUAGAAGGGGGGGCUGCACCCUGCGAUCGCCCCCCAGAACUGCCCUCAAAUCCCCCCUCCCCAUCAUCAUCAUACUGUCGGAGAUGCCCCCCCCCCCCAUCAUCUCCGGUACCUCUGCAUACUCUGUAUCUAAACCUUCUGCUUUACCCCGCCCACCCCCUCCCCCGCCGCCUGCCCCCCCUCCCAGAGAAACACACGUUUAUGUGUGCAGCUUUCCUUUUGUCUCUCCUCUUUCUGCGACUCCUGUCCCCAAACACACACGCAGACACACAUGAACACACACAUACACACAAAGACACACACACACAGACACACACAAAGACACACACACACACACACACAAACACAGACACACACAAAGACACACAGACACACACACACACACAUACACAGACACAGACACACACAUACACACACACACACACACAUACACAUACACAGACACACACAUACACACACAAAGACACACACACACACAUACACAUACACAGACACACAAAGACACACACACACACACACACUCAGAUGGCGUUCAGGGCGUCUGAGAGGGCGGGGAGUCGCUCUGUGGACUCUCACUUCCUGUAUUGGGAUCGCUCUCUCGCCCGCUGACGCCCUGCGAGGUGUCGGGUUUCAUGACGUGUCAUCAACCUGAAUGUUUUUCUUUUUUUUGCUACUGUUGAAAAUUUCCAUUCCAGACCGAAGACUUAGAUUUUUAUUUGAUGUCCGUUUGUCGCACUCAGUUUUCACUCGUAGAGAAGAUUCUAAAUAAAGUGAGCGCACAGACGACGGCGUUCAUUUAUCUCCCGACUGAUUGAAUUGUUUCUGUCGUUCUUACCGAUGAAAUGUUUCUACGUGAACAUGGCGUCACAUUCAGUCGACUUAUUGUCUGACGAGAUUUAAAAAAAAAAAGUGAAGAAAAAAGCCUUUGAUCUUUAUUUACAUGAGUAAACAUGAACAGGAGGGGGAGGAGUUUAGUGUUUGUCCUCGUGGCGCUGCUAAAACGUCGGAUCAUCAGUUCAUUCCUUCUAACGUCAAACCAACAAACGGUCAACUUCCUGUCGUGACCUUCAAAGUCGAGCAGCAGAUUUUCACCUUGAAGAAUCUGAAGCGAUUAUUUGAUUGAUUGACUUUUAAGUUCACGUCUCAUUUUGAAAGUUUAACCAGCGAAUCAGAUUUUCUUCAGAGUAUGACAUCAUCCUCCCAAAGAGCGUCCGUUGAGUUAAAGGUCGAUCAGUUCUGUCCUCUUCGGGAACCAAACUAAAAACAGUUCUUCUGAAUGUUGUUUGAUGAAACGUUAACGGUUCUUCGUCCCCAAACUUUUCUAAGAUCAAUGAAAACGACCCCACCGUCUCCGCGCUGCGUUUAAACUCCUCGGGGAUUCGGGGGAUUCACUCUUUGGGUUUUAAAGACUUUAAAGUGAGGACUUUUAUUUUGAAAGAUUUUUUGUAGGCGUUUCUCAAACAGUCAGCUGAUGUGACGCAGAGAUGGAGUCCAGGUUUCAAAACUCUGAGUGUUCUCCUCCUGAUGUUUUUAGUUGUUCAGUGUAGCGAUCAGCUGAUUGGAUGAACAGCAGCUCGUUUAUUUGAAGUUUUAUUCAGAAGCAUGUCAGAGUACCGAGUUCACAGGAAGCCAACAUGGCCGCUCAUCAGCCUUAGUAUUAUCCCCGCCUCCUCCCUCUCCUUCUACGUGUUAAAAUAAGUCUUCUGAUUUCCCAGCAUCUCGGUGGCAGUGAAGGGGUCAUGCCCACACACUUGUUUCCGCCUUGACUCCGGAGCGCGUGCUGCCGGAGCGUCCACGUCGUCCGCUUCUGGGUGUUUUUAAUGAAGUUCAAGGUUGUAAAAACGUCAUCAGCCUUGUGUACAGUGGAAUGCUUUUCAACAACAACAACAACAACAACAACAACAACAACCAUUGGACAACAACGACAACAACAAGAACAAGAACAGACUAAAAAUGUACAAAACUGUUUAUUCAAGUGUUUGCUUUUACUUUUGGUAAAUUCAAUAUAAUAAAUAAGUUAAUGGCU